AUGGUGUCUGUGAGGAUCUUCUGCCUGGUCCUGACUGUGGUGGGCACUGUAUGGACUGCCAAUACAGAUGAAGGUGAUUUUCUAGCUGAAGGAGCAGGUGUACGUGGUCCAAGGGUUGUUGAAAAACAGCAAUCUGCCUGCAAAGAGACAAACUGGCCCUUCUGCUCUGAUGAUGACUGGAACAACAAGUGUCCUUCUGGCUGUAGGAUGAAAGGAUUGAUUGAUGAAGUCAAUCAUGACUUUACAAACAGAAUCGAAAAGCUUGAAAAUAUCCUGUUGGAUUUUCAGAAGAACAAUAAAGAUUCUAAUUCAGUGACCAGGAAUAUAAUGGAACUUCUGAGAGGGGAUUUUGCUGCUGCCAAUAACAAAGAUAAUGUCUAUAACCAAGCUUCAGAAGAUCUGAGAAGCAGAAUUGAAGUUCUGAGGCGCAAAGUCAUAGAACAAGUACAGCGCAUCCAGCUUCUGCAGAAAAAUGUCAGGCUUCAGAUGGUAGAAAUGAAACAACUGGAGGUGGACAUUGAUAUUAAGAUCCGAUCUUGCAAAGGGUCAUGUAGUAGAUCUUUAGCUCACAAUGUAGAUCUAAAGGACUAUGAAGAUCACCAGAGACAGCUUGAACAGGUCAUGGCCAAAAACCUACUUCCUCCUAGAGAAAGAACACACUUGCCAUUGUUAAAAAUGAGCCCUGUUACAGACUUGGUUCCUGGAGAUUUCAAGAGCCAACUUCAGAAGGCUCCUCCAGAGUGGAGGACGCUGGUAGAAACAAAGCAGAUGAAAAUGGAGUUAGAGAGGCCUGGUAGAGAUGGGCCUGCCCGAGGAGACUCUUAUGGAACAGGAUCAGAACCUGAAAGUUCCAGGAAGCCUGGACUUGGUAGUACUGGGCACUGGAAUCCUGGAAGCUCUGGUACUUGGAACCCUGGGAGCUCUGAUACUCGGAAUCCUGGAAGCUCUGGUACUUGGAGCACUGGGAGCUCUGAUACUCGGAAUCCUGGAAGCUCUGGUACUUGGAGCACUGGGAGCUCUGAUACUCGGAAUCCUGGAAGCUCUGGUACUUGGAGCGCUGGGAGCUCUGGACAUGGAAGUUUUAGACCAGAUACCUCAGACUUUGGAAACACCAGGCCUACCAACCCAGACUGGGGUGAAUUUGAAGAAGUGCCAGGAAGUAUAAAUCCAGGAAAAGUGAAAGAGUUCCACACAGGUAAACUAGUCACUUCUAAAGGAGAGAAAGAGCUCCGGAUUGGUGAAAAGGUGGCACAACCAUCACUCACCACCUCCAGUGGCACAAUAACCACUCGUCAUUCAUGCUCUAAAACCAUUACUAAGACUGUUAUAGGCCCUGAUGGUCGCCGAGAAGUAAUCAAAGAAGUAGUGAACUCUGAAGAUGGUUCUGACUGUGGUGAUGCAACCAACUUAGAUACAUACCGUACUUUGAUGGGCACAGGUGGCCUGGAUGAGUUUCGCCUUAGGCACCCCAUGGAAGCUGCUUUCUUUGACACUGACUCAACAGGGAAAACAUCCUUAGGUACAUUGUCAACUACAUUCAAAGAAUUUGAAAGGAGGACCCAAUCUGGGGGCUCAGCGUCUGAUAUCUUCACAGACCUUGGGGUAUCUGAGUUCCCUUCCAGUGGUAAAACUUCAACUCAUAAAAAACAAUUUGUAGCCAGUAGAACAUUUGAAACCAAGACCCACAAAAUGGCAGAUGAAGCCGGAAGUGAAGACCUCAGAGGAGCCCAUAGCACCACGAGAAGCGAUACUAAAACUCGUCUUACCAGAGACUGUGAUGAUGUCCUCCAAACACAUCCUUCAGGUGCCAAAAGUGGCAUUUUCAGUAUCAAGCUACCGGGAUCCAGUAAGAUUUUUUCUGUUUAUUGCGAUCAAGAGACCGGUUUGGGAGGAUGGCUUAUGAUCCAGCAAAGAAUGGAUGGAUCACUGAAUUUUAACCGGACCUGGCAAGACUACAAGAGAGGUUUCGGCAGCCUGAAUGACAAGGGGGAAGGAGAAUUCUGGCUAGGCAAUGAAAAACUCCACAUAUUAACCCUGAGGGGAUCUGUCCUUCGGGUUGAAUUAGAGGACUGGGAGGGUAAUGCGGCUUAUGCAGAAUAUCACUUCCAGGUAGGUCCUGAGGCUGAGGGCUAUGCCCUUCAGGUCUCCUCCUUUGAGGGCACUGCCGGGGAUGCUCUGGUUGAGGGUUCUGCAGAGGAAGGACCGGAGUACACCUCUCACGCAGGGAUGCAGUUCAGCACCUUUGACAGGGAUGCAGACCAGUGGGAAGAGAACUGUGCAGAAGUCUACGGAGGAGGCUGGUGGUACAACAACUGCCAAGCAGCCAAUCUCAAUGGCAUCUACUACUCGGGGGGCUCCUAUGACCCAAGGAACAAUAGUCCUUAUGAGAUUGAGAAUGGAGUUGUCUGGAUUCCCUUCAGAGGAGCCGAUUAUUCCCUCAGGGCUGUCCGCAUGAAAAUUAGGCCUCUGGUGACCCAAAAGACUGAAGAGAGUGGGACAGGAAGCACACUUGUGUUUGUUUAG